UUACUUACUUCCUCUACGGGUUGGGAUGAGGGCGGGGGGAAAAAAGUUAAGUUAAAAUCAAGUCAGUCCCCAGCAAAUCAAGAAGAUCAAAAGGGCGACACACGUUACAUUGGCUUAUUAAAGUAAUUCGCCACAGCUGUUAUAAAUCGCCGCCCAGCAUAGACGGAAACGCCACUUGCGGACAAGCGAGUGAAUUCGGGAGCCCCACCUGAGAUCGGCGCGACGCCCCCACCCUGUUCUGUUCCAUUUCGACGGGUCCAAGUGUAAGAAGAAGAAGGAGGGAAGCUGUGGAGGUGAUGGCGGAGGUGGACAAACUUAACAUCGACUCGGUGAUCAGUCGAUUGCUGGAAGUGCAAGGCUCUCGCCCAGGAAAAAAUGUGCAACUGACUGAAAAUGAGAUCCGAGGGUUGUGUCUGAAAUCCAGGGAGAUCUUCCUGAGCCAGCCCAUCCUGCUGGAGCUCGAGGCACCUCUGAAAAUCUGUGGUGAUAUUCAUGGACAAUAUUACGACUUGCUGAGGCUCUUUGAAUAUGGGGGGUUCCCCCCAGAGAGUAAUUAUUUGUUCCUGGGAGACUAUGUGGACCGUGGGAAGCAGUCCUUGGAAACGAUCUGCCUGCUGUUGGCGUACAAGAUCAAAUACCCAGAAAACUUUUUCUUGCUACGUGGCAAUCAUGAGUGUGCCUCCAUCAAUCGUAUCUAUGGCUUUUAUGACGAGUGUAAAAGACGAUACAACAUCAAGUUGUGGAAGACCUUUACAGACUGUUUCAACUGCCUGCCAAUUGCAGCAAUUGUAGAUGAGAAAAUCUUCUGCUGUCAUGGUGGACUGUCUCCAGACCUAACGUCAAUGGAACAGAUUCGCAGGAUCAUGCGUCCAACAGAUGUGCCAGAUCAGGGUCUGCUAUGUGAUCUUCUGUGGUCAGACCCCGACAAGGAUGUACAGGGCUGGGGAGAGAAUGACCGGGGUGUGUCCUUCACCUUUGGGGCUGAGGUGGUUGCCAAGUUUUUACAUAAACAUGAUUUGGACCUCAUUUGCAGAGCACAUCAGGUGGUGGAAGAUGGCUAUGAGUUCUUUGCCAAAAGACAGCUGGUAACACUGUUUUCAGCACCCAACUACUGUGGCGAGUUUGACAAUGCAGGUGCCAUGAUGAGUGUAGACGAGAGCCUCAUGUGCUCCUUCCAGAUAUUAAAGCCUGCUGACAAAAAUAAACCAAAGUAUGGUCAAUUUGGGGGCUAUAAUGCUUCUGGACGCCCUGUAACUCCUCCGAGGAAUGCAACCAAAGCAAAGAAGUAAGAGGAUAUGCUGGAGGAGGACAGCAACUUCUAAGAUACUGUGGAACAGAUGAGUGGAUUGGUAAUUGUAACGUUAGCCUUCCUUCUGAACAACUCACACCUUUUCAUACAUGCAAGAAGAAAAAAUGUAUUUUGGGCUUCGAUACUGUAGCCUGAAUUUCCAUGGUCCUUCUACUCCGUGAUUCCAAAUAAUGUUAAAUACUGUAUUUUUACUCUGCUGGGAGAAACCACGAAAGGAGUCUCUUCAAAAGUUUCCACUUGUGGGCACAACCAGGUUUGCAAAGUUACAUAGUUGUGAAGCCCCUCACUUGAUGACUGACCCCACACCCAUUUCCUUUUUUCCUUUUCACUAAACCACUAGAUAGUAACUUAUCAAAACCACUCAACAUUACUGUUGUGGCUGGUGGAUGGAUUGUUUGGAGGAAAAAAGGUUUGGAAAAGCUUGUUCACUUUUUUUUUGGGUUGAUGCUAAAGAUGCUUGGUGUCAUUUAAUCAGAGCCAUUGCAGCUCAGAUUACCAAGCAUUAGAGGGGCUGGAUCGACCCAAGCCCGCCUCUAAAUAUUGCUUUCCUUUUAUAUAGAAGGUCGAAGAUUGAGUAAUUGGUUUCUGGGUCUGCAGUCAUUAAUUAUGGGUGAACUAUGGGCAGACAAGAGUUAACAUCCAGUGCCUUUAUUUUUGUUUUUGGUGUCUAUAGAGAUAUUAACUGGUCAAAAUUGAGUAUUUACUUGUCUUUCGAAAUGAAAACUUGACAGAUUGUAACCUCCAGCCAACAAUGCCACUUACCCCCCUGGCUUAGACCCUGCUCCCCAAGCAAAGUCGAUACGGAAAUGAUCAUGUUAGAUGUUUUGUUCAUGACUUAUGCCAGAUUUGUAUGCCUGCAGCCUAACGGUAAUGUGUCGACCAGGUGUGUGCCAGCGUUUUUUAGGAAGGUUGUUGUUUUUUUUUUUUAUUAUUAACUAUUUUCUAUUUUAUUUCCCAACCAAGUUUUUGAAGUUUUGAUUUUGGUAUUCUCUCUGAUCUUUUACAGACAGGUGUAGUUUUGAUGUGUAGAACCUGUUAAUCUGUUGUCUGCAACUUUAACUCCGUUACGUCCCCCAGGGCCGUCUUUACUAUCAAAGUGGUGGGCUCUGUUCUUUUGCCCAAGAGCUCGAGUGCCUACCUUUUGAAGUGUUGCCUUGGCUCAAGAUGCCAAGUGUCCAGUCCCAUGCGAGUUUAAUGUGGGAGGCUAUUGCAUAAAAGAUAAUCUCACCUUUCAGAGUCCAAGUUCAGGUGCAAAAGAUGCAUCUGGCGUUCUGCAAGCUAAAAUUCUCAAUUUUUAUUUGUGUAUAUAUAUAUUUUUUUUUCCUCCUUUUCUUUUAUAUGAACUGUUUGCGGGUAGGGAGGGGGGGCUUGCGACUGAUAACUGAUGCAGAGCUGGCCUAUGAGAGAACCACAAUGAUGUAUUUGUGAAAUGAAAUUUGAAAAUCAUGAUGCAUCGAGUGUUAAGUUGCAAACUAAAUUGAAUGGAGUGGCAGUGCAUAUCAAUGCUGUAGCUGCAUAGUAUUUUAUAUAUCUGAAAUAUUAGAACUGGAGUAAAAAGAUCAUUUUGAGCUCAGUUGCCUGGUCUAUUUGAACAUGAGAGCCCCCUGCUACCCAAACAUGUGAACUUGAGUAGAAACAUGGCAAAUGUUAAAUUAAAUAUUUUCAAUUUACACCCAGCAGUAAAUCCAACAGAAAUAACUAAAUGGAGACACUGCAGAAGACGAUCGAGUAUGUAUUAGAAAGGUUCGGCAAAAGGUGGUGAGAUGUAGGUAAGCAAUUUAUCACUUGUAGUGCACAAUCUUUUCAAGGACGCCUUCAGCUCAGGUUGACACGGGCCUGCAUAAUUUUACGUAAGCAGGUGCUCUCUACGUCCCUGUCCAUCCUCCCUCUCUCUGUCUCUGUGUGUGUGUGUGUGUCUGUGUGCUGACUACGUGAUUUUUUGGCACUGGCAGCUGUCAUGUGAUACCCUGUUCUAGAAAGCUGCUUUCUCUUUUUACCUCUUUCAGUGGAAGAUUUUCGUUACGGUGUACAUAAAAAUUCAGCUUCUCAGGGAGUGAGUUUACCUGCCCGUACACACAACCAGGAUAAUGUGAGUAACCCGGUUAAGGCAGACGCACACAAUUUCUUCAACACACCUGUUUACAUGCACAACUUGGCACAAAAACUCACUAAAAAAAGAUACAGAAAAAGUGAAUGGCCAUCGUGAAACUAAAAACAAGAAUGGAGUCUCUUGAGCUUAGCACUGUAUGUUCAGCUACUCAACAUGAAUUUAGCUAAUUUUUUUUUUUAAAUAUGGAUAUUAUUUCAGCGCUCUAGCACAGUGUUUUUUUCUUUUUGUUUUAUAUACCCAAUGGCUGCAGAAUGCAUGUGGGAACCAUACAUAGGCAUAGAGUGUGCCCUCCUACAAGGUGGUUAAAGGUUUACAUGGUCACAAAAUCUGGUUACUUGUUAAGCAAUCUGUGUAUGUUAAGGGUUGAUGUGGCUUUUUUUUGGGAACCUGGUUAUUUAAAGUGCAUAUAAUCGCACUCGGUGUAAGUUUAAGAAACUUGACAGUUAAAACCAAGUGCCUAUAUGACGUGGCCUUUUCUGUUUUGUUAACUUGCAUUUUAGGACAGAUUUUCCCCGACACUUAAGGGAUGGCUAGUCCAGGGGCCAGUUUCAUAAAUUCAAAUGUCACCUCUUUGUGUUUAUUGGCCAAAGCAGUGCACAUCCCAAACACUGUCAUGAGUAGUAGUGCAGAAGGGGUACAUGGGAUUUUAGGAUGGGGUUAGUAAGUAAAUCCGGUGUAGGUACAAUAACUAAAAGUAGUUUAACACCCCCUGCAAAUUGGUGACUCAACUUGCCAUUUAUCGUAGCGUUAGUCAGCUACUAAGGCUGUCGGUUUGGAUUUUAUGAUCUUUCUUAGCUUAUCUAAAAAUGAAAUGAGCCCCGACUGCUGUAGCAUAUUACCUCAUGUGAGUAGUAUCCAUAAGUAGAGCAAGGAAAGCAAUUUGUUUUCUGCUACCUCACUGCAUUUUAGCAUCGUUGUAUGGGUUUGCGUUUAUGACAACUAGUGAAGCACUUAUUUAAGCUGACAAGUGUAUCACAUUUGCCCAACUGACACACAGGAACUGCAUAUGCAAAGUGGCUUCAGUUGAG